GUUGCGUAUUUAAGUAUUUUCGAAUAUUGUUCAGGCAUGUCUCACACACGGUCGAUACAGAGAUUAUCUAUCUGUGGUAAUCGCUACUGCUGAGAAGGCUCUGGCGACGAAAUCUCUGAGGAAGGAUUCUCGAUGGGCUUCUGUAAUAGUACGUGGAAGGCGUAUCCAAACUGGUUUAGAGCGAAACGCCGCUCCCUUUACUCUGAGUCGGGGAGCUGUUCUAGAGGCUGCACAAGAAGGAUAUUGGCUUCUUAUUGAUGAGAUAAAUCUUGCUCCUCCCGAAAGUCUAGAUGCCAUCGUACACGCAAUUUCGAAGGAUGCACAUCCUAAUUUUCGACUUUUUGCCUGUAUGAAUCCAGCAACUGAUGCUGGAAAACGGAGGUUACCAGCGAGCGUGCGAACACGGUAUAAAGCUGUUGUUAUGUAUCUCCGUUUCUUUGUACCAUUUUCAAAGACGUUAUCAUUACUCAACAAGGGAAUUCCUACAUCGGGUGUCAUUUCCUCGAAAUGA